AUGACUGAAGAUUCUGAAGUUACUACAGUUACUACUACAGUUACUACUGAAGAAUAUUAUAUUACAACAAUAUUAAAAAACUAUGGGUAUGAACAAGGUAAUAAAGUUGAUUUUGCUAAAAGUAUAGAAAGAAUUGAUUUAUUUAUAUUAUUAAUUCAAUUAGGUAAAAAAAGUACAGAAGAAGUACUUAAAUAUUUACAUUCGUUAGGUUAUAAAGGUAUAGAAGAUGCAAUAGAUAAUGCUGUAAAAGAAGGCCAACUUGAAAUAUUAAAAUAUUUACAUGAAUUAGGGUAUAGAGGACCUGAAGAUUUAAUUGAUUAUGCUGCUAAAGAAGGUCAACUUGAAAUAUUAAAAUAUUUACAUUCGUUAGGUUAUGAAGGUAUAGAAGAUGCAAUAGAUGAUGCUGCUGAAGAAGGUCAACUUGAAAUAGUUAAAUAUUUACAUUCGUUAGGUUAUAAAGGAGAUGAUUGGACAUUUCAUUGUGCUGUAAUAAAUGGUCAUCUUGAAGUACUUAAAUAUUUACAUUCAAUAGGAUAUAAAGGAACAGAUUUUGCAUUUAAUUAUGCAGUAAAUAAUCAGAUAUGCUCAGAAUCAGCAUCAGAUAGUAACCUUGAAAUAAUUAAAUAUUUACAUUCUAUUGGAUAUAGAGGAACAGAAUUGUUUAAUAAUUUAGCUAAUGGUGAAAAUAAAGUUGACUUUGCUGCAAGUAUAGGCAAAAAUGAUAUUAUUACUUUAUUAAUUCAAUUAGGCUAUAAAGGACAUCUUGAAGUAGUGAAAUAUUUACAUUCUAUAGGAUAUAGAGAAGAAUGUUCAAUCGAUUAUGCUGCAAGUAAUGGUCACCUUGAAGUAGUAAAAUAUUUACAUUCUAUUGGAUAUAAAGGAACAAAAUGGACAAUUAAUUAUGCUGCAGAAAAUGGUCGCCUUGAAGUAUUAAAAUAUUUACGUUCUAUUGGAUAUAGAGUAGAAGAAUGGACAAUUACUUGUGCUGCAAUGAAUGGUCACUUUGAAGUUUUUAAAUAUUUACAUUCAUUAGGUUAUAAAGGAAGAAAAGAUACAGUUUAUUGGGCUGCAAUGAAUGAUCACCUUGAAGUAGUAAAAUAUUUAAUUGAAUUAGGAUAUGAAUGUGAUGAAUGGAUAAUUAAUGAUGUUGAACGUAAAGGAAAAAAUGCUAAACAACUUCUUAAAGUAUUAAUAGAUUUACAUUCUAUUGGAUAUAAAGGUACGGAAAAAGCAAUUUUUCAUGCUAAAUUAGCUGGUUACCGUGAAGCACUUGAUUAUUUACGUUCUAUAGGAUAUAGUUACAGUUGA